AUGUCUGGUGACGUAUCCGCCGCUCCGCCGUCUGCUCUGGAGGUUGUCAGCUUCAUCGGCAAAACAGUUGGCGCAGGCGCGGCACUGACAGCUGCUGUCUACUUACUCCGCAAAGUCUGUUUAAUAAUGGCCUGGAAAUCUGGAGGAGCCAGCCACGCAGAGCUUGUCAACAACCUCCGUAAAAAUGGCAUUAUUAAAUCCGACAAUGUCUAUGAAGUCAUGCUGGCCACAGACCGAGCACACUUCUCUAGGUGUAAUCCUUACAUGGACUCACCGCAGUCAAUAGGCUUUCAAGCAACUAUCAGCGCCCCACACAUGCACGCAUAUGCCCUGGAGCUUCUACAUGAUCAGCUGUAUGAGGGAGCCAAAGCUCUGGACGUCGGCUCUGGCAGUGGAAUCUUGUCUGUUUGCUUCGCACGAAUGGUAGGUCCAAAAGGGAAAGUUAUAGGAAUCGAUCACAUCAAAGAGCUGGUAGAUGAUUCAAUAAACAAUGUGAAGAAAGAUGACCCCAGUUUGAUAACAUCGGGCCGAGUCAAGCUAUUAGUGGGAGAUGGACGAUUGGGCUAUGAGGAGGAGGCGCCGUAUGAUGCCAUCCACGUUGGCGCAGCGGCACCUAAUGUCCCCCAAGCUCUUCUGGACCAGUUGAAGCCGGGCGGCCGGCUCAUUCUCCCCGUGGGCCCAGCGGGUGGAAACCAGAUGCUGGAGCAGUACGACAAGAUGGAGGAUGGCAGCACCAAAAUGAAGCCCUUGAUGGGGGUGAUUUAUGUGCCUUUAACAGACAAAGACAAGCAGUGGUCCAGGUGGAAGUGACUUCCUUCUCCCCCUCCUCCCCCUCUCUCCUUCUCACAGUGGCAAAGGGAUGAACUUUGAAGCGGAAGGCAGUCCAUAAUCCACCUUUAAGUUUGAACCUGGAGAAAACUUGGAUGGGGGUCAGCCCUUGACAUUUUGUUCAAAGCAUAACAAAACAUGCUCUUUUUGUUUUACAUCUAACGAGGGACUAGAGAACCACACUGAUGACAGCCCUGAGGGGCUGGGAAGAAAGACUGCUUGAAGCUCAGCACAGAAAUAUUGGAGAGAGCUUUUUGUUUUUCUUUUCAGGCCUGCAUCCUCUUGGUUACAUAUUCUUUUUAACCGCUGGAUUUUAGGUUUGUUUUUCUUUUGUGGUCUCACCAUUUGAAUUGCAAUCAGACGUUUUUACGGCAUUACAUUUCAGCAGCAUCAAAGCUGAAUGUAGGAGGAACGCUGGACAACGAAGAAGAACGCCUGAGCCUUUUAGAUAAUUCACCUAGCUACAGUGUGUGUGUGCGUGUGUGUGGAUCAUCUAAGAGUAGACUUAUCUGCUAAAAUAUGAGCUUUCUUCCCCUGCCAGCAGUAUUACAAACACAUACAAACACACACACACACACACACACACACACAUAUUCACACACAUUCACAGGCAACACAAUGGCUGAUGUAACCCACACAUCCUGUUUUAUGUGCAGCACUCUUAGGUCAUUCUACACAUGAAAUAAGCAAUGCAUCGGAUCAUACUGAACAUACUCCAAAGAGAGCAGAGCACUAAUAACACCGACACGCGUGCUUUCACUUGGUGACGUGUUGCUUUCUGCCGCUGGUUUCCAUUUACAAUUUGUGCAGGCUCUUCUGGUGACUGCCAGUAAAUGGGAUAGUCACUGCUUUGCCAAAAUAAACUCCAACAAUAUUAAGCAAAUGAAUGUCUGUUUUCUUGGGAAAAAAAACAUGGAAUCAAAAAAAGCACAUUUUAUUUUGAGUGAUCUAAGUUAUGGAUGCUAUUUGGCUUUCACAGUUUCUGGAAUGGCAUAUGAAAAUAAAGAGAUGCUUAUGUUUUUGUC